ACAGGGGUUAUGGUGAAGACACGGGGUGUUGCCAGGAAAAAGGCAGCGCUAAGCUUCGAACUUGAGAACCCCUCUUUUCUUUUUCACUUUUUGUUUUAUUUUAAAUCUCAUCCAUCUCAUCCAUCUCUUACUUCGGUACGUCACGGUACAUGGCAGAGAUAAAAAAGGAUGGCUAUGUGUCUGUCAAAGAAGACGGUAUUCGAUCUUGGAUAUGGUCCAAGCGUUAUGUCAUCUUGAGAGAUCAGACAUUGACUUUUCAUCGAAAUGAGCAAAUUGGUCAAUGUCUGGCAUUGAUCUUUUUGAAGGAGAUAGUCAACGUCCACCGAAACGAUCUAAAGCCAUACUGUUUCGAGAUAGCCACGGCCGACAAAGCAUUCAACAUCGCAUGUAAGAAUGAUGAAGAGCUAUAUUCUUGGAUGGAUGAGAUUUAUAGCAACUCGCCAUUAGGGACAUCCUGUCCCACUAACUUUGUUCAUCGUAUUCAUGUUGGCUUUGAUCCUGAUACGGGAACAUUUACGGGCCUGCCAGAUCAAUGGAACACUUUAUUGAAGCACAGUAAAAUUACUGAGGAAGAUGCAGCAAAAAAUCCACAAGCUGUGCUAGAUGUCCUUCAGUUUUUCACUGAGCAGGCUAAAGAUGACAGUGGUCAUUUUGAAGUAGGAGAUGUCGGGGAGCAACAGAAGGAUUGGGCAGGCCCCUUGCAGCAGCCAAAGCCAAAACCCAAGCCAAGUCAAUCAUCUCCUACACCCAGACGAGUGAAAACACCACCAAUUGAGGCACAACCCGACAAAAAAAAGGUAGUUCCUGCAAAUGAACAACCACCCAUCCCCGACGAAAACACUCAGCCUCGAAUAAAGGUGUCUCUAUCAACUGCUCCUAUACCACCCCUCCCGCCUAGUCCUAGAUUACCACAAACACCAUACCUCAAUGCGCCUACUUCAGCACCAAAACGUGCACCUGAAGUAGCAGAUAAUCUUCUUUCGCCAGACAGGGGAUCACCAGCAAGAUAUCGGAAAAAUAGUUCAGCCAGGUCACCACCAACACCACAGCCGUCUCUAUCUCUUGGACUGCCACAGCGCGUACGACCAACACCAUCCAAGUCUGCGGUAACGACUGGGCUACCUUCAGCAAGGUAUCGUGAUCGGGAUCGAAAGCGAGAGAGGGAGCGUGAGAUUGAAAAACGAGUAGACAAGAUUCAGCCAGCCUAUGAGCGUGAGAUCAAACUUGCAACCAAGUUCGCUGACACGCCGAGCGCAUACGCUCCAUUGUCAGAAAACACCGCAGUAGUUCCGUCAACCAUCUUUAGGCGACAUGAGAAGCGAAUAAGUAAGAUGUCGGAAUCCGAGAUCAUGGAAAAAUUAAGAUCCAUAGUUUCAAAGGAAGAUCCAAUUACGUUGUACAAACGAAGCAAACGUGUGGGACAAGGGGCUUCAGGGUCAGUUUAUCUUGCAACCCAUUUGGGAAGUAACAAGCGAGUAGCCAUCAAACAAAUGGAGAUAGGCUCGCAAGCACGAAAAGAUCUGAUUGUGAACGAAAUCAUCAUUAUGAGAGAGUCACGUCAUCCCAACAUCGUGAACUAUCUUGACUCAUUCUUAGUCAAAGGAGAUCUAUGGGUUGUCAUGGAAUAUAUGGAGGGUGGGCCACUGACGGAUGUGAUUGCUAAGCACAAGAUGGACGAGACCCAAAUUGCAACGGUAUGCUUGGAAACGGCGAAAGGUCUACAGCAUCUGCAUAGUCGACGCAUUAUACAUCGUGAUAUCAAGAGCGACAACGUACUGCUCAAUGCAUAUGGACAGAUCAAAAUCAGCGAUUUCGGGUAUUGUGCAAGAUUGACAGCUCAGAAAAGUAAACGGGUGACAAUGGUCGGCACACCUUAUUGGAUGGCGCCGGAAGUUGUGAAGGCAAGAGAGUACGGAACGAAAGUCGACAUAUGGUCACUCGGCAUUAUGGCCAUCGAAAUGAUCGAAGGCGACCCUCCGUACAUGGAAGAGGAACAACUAAAAGCACUCUAUUUGAUCCGAACCAAUGGCACGCCACAACUCAAGAAUCCAGAACUACUCUCCAGAGACCUUAAAACAUUUCUGGCUAUCUGCCUUUGUGUGGAUGUCAGAAGUCGUGCUUCGGCCGACGAACUAUUACAGCAUUCAUUCAUGCAGCGGGCGGGAACCAUUGAGACUUUAGCUUCGUUACUAAGGACAAGAAUCUAAAAGUCGAUGUCCAGCAUUCAUCAGCGACAGAACAAUAGAGAUCGAUUUUGCAGUGCAACAAGUGAGCAACAUUUAAAAGUGUUGGCUCACAAUUAUUUUUAAUAGA